AUGGCGAAUGACGCGGUGAUAGUCAUAUCAGCUUUGACCGCUGGUCUUGCCUUUGUAUAUUAUCGUUUGCGUUGUUAUUUUGCUGGAGGAGUAUGUACGAAUACUGUCUCGAUGAAAGGGAAGACUGUGAUCAUCACUGGAGCGAAUACAGGGCUCGGUAAAGAAACUGCCCUUGAGCUCGCUCGACGUGAAGCAAGGGUUAUCCUCGCUUGCAGGAGUCUUGAAAAAGGACAAAAAGCUGCCGACGAAAUCCGUGCAAAGGUCAGAGAUGCAACAGUUGUCGUGAAGAGUCUUGAUCUGUCGUCUCUGGAGUCAGUCCGUACGUUUGCAGGCGAAAUUUUAAAGGAGGAAGUGAGGCUGGAUGUCCUGAUAAACAAUGCUGGAGUCUACAUGGACCCUCCUGUGCCCAAAACCCAAGAUGGUUUUGAGAUGCAUUUUGGUGUAAACCACCUUGGGCAUUUUUUGUUGACAAAUUUGUUAUUAGAUCUGCUCGAGAAAUCAUCUCCAAGCAGGAUUGUUGUUGUGUCAUCAAGCUUGGCUAAAAGGGCUUCUAUUGAUUUUGACAAUAUUCACGGAGAGAAAGGUCACGAAAAACCUGGAAGAGGAUACCGCAUGAAAGGUCCCUAUGCUCAAAGCAAACUGGCAAACAUGCUUUUUGCUCACGAGUUAAACAAAAGGCUUCCUGAUGGUAAGGGAUGAUCAUUUGUUUGUACCUUCCAACCCUUUUAUUACUAGGAGUAACCAAAAAGAAUUUUCUGUUUGGAUUAUCACGACAUUUUCAAGCAGGAAGGAUGAUAAGAAAGUAGAAAAAAAAUCAGUUACGUAAACAGUACCCUCCAUUUGGGUCUAAAAUAUGCUUGGAUAUUUCUCUACUGACAUUGAUUUUUCUGAGGAGUAAACAGUUUUCUGAUGCAGAGCUUAAGGAAAACUGAGAUUUCCAAAGAACAGGUAAUGUUCAAGGACAAAUAAACAUGCAUAUCUUUGUGUCAAAUGGAAGUUAAUGUAGGAGUGUUUAGACCAAUUGUGUCUGACCAAAAUUAUCUGAUGGAUUAUAAGAGAUAUUAUUUUAAAGACAAGCACAUAAAAUAGACCCAUACUUCUGUGUUUCCUGUCUUCAAAAUGAUUCCCAUCUUCAAUUUCCAGGUGUGACUGUCAACUCACUGUGUCCUGGGUUAUGUUGGACAGAACUUCAUCGCAACUCAAAACUAAGUUUGUUGAAAAAAUUGUUCCUGUACCCAAUUGCCACAGUAGUGACGAAGAGACCAUGGGAAGGAGCUCAGACAAUUGUUUACUGUGCAACUGAGGAAAAGUUAAAACAAGUUUCUGGAGCAAUCUUUGCCGACUGUGAUGUGAAAGAAUUCCCUCCUAAUACCAGGGAUGAUGGAGUGGCGAGGAAACUUUGGGAACUGAGUGAAAAUUUGACUCAGAAGGGAGAAUAAUGUUAUUUCACUGGUUUGCAUUGACUAGAAAACAGUAACCUUCUUAAACAUUAGUUUCUAUAAAAGCCAGUCAAUGGCGGCCUACUGCCACCUGUAAGACCUCUUAGCACUGUUUGUUUAGCCAGCCAGCAGGCUCUGUGUUUAGGGUUUGCCUUACUGUAAAGCCACCCUUACAUCAUCAACAGCCACUCAUGGGAAAAGUUAUUGAGACCCCAUCUAAAGGCCAGUCUAACUGAAGCUAAAACUGAACGUUUGACAUUUUAAGAUGUGAAGUGGUUGGUAUGUUAAUGUAAGAAAAUAAAUAAAAACAGAUUUGGGCAGUUUGAG